AUGAUGAACCACCCAACCAAUGUGUAUUGGUUUCAUUCCCUUCCUGUGCGGAAAAAGGCAAUAUGCCCAAGAAUCAAUUUCACAUUCAGACAGAUGGUUGUAAAGAAGUGAUGGAUGUUUUCAAAGUUAUGAAUCUGAUACAAGGUGUUGUUUUUGAAGAGCAUAAUGAUAUUUUGUGGUUUGCUAGGAGUAUUGUCAAUGGCAAAAAUUCAUGACCAAAAUGUAACGGUCUACCCUCUUGAAAAAUUCAGAUUGAGUGCAAUGCAUAGUACUGGCAAUGCAACCCAACCCUAUUUCAGACCUGAUUGUUUGCAUGAAAAGAGUCACAAUUUUGUUUGAGAAAUACUGAAUUGGAGAUUUCAGAAUCAAUAUUUGAAAGUGCAGUAAACCUUUCCUGGUAGAAGCUGACAUGAGUCAGGAAAUACUCUGACAUCACAAACAUAUAGAAACUAUAUUCAGAUACUUCUUGUUUUGAACGACCACAAAACUUUCCUGUUUCAACAAUUCUUCUUAGAAACUGGAUGCUUCCUUGUUUCUGUAAGCUUUUGGAAGUUUCUUGAUGAAAUUGUAUCCUAGUGUUAGCGUUAAACAGUUAUGAAAAAUAUGUAACAUGAUCAGUCAAUGCUAAAAGACUUUGGGGAACUUUUCCUUACUGUACUCUGUACAUCAGUUCUCAUGUAUGGAGUUCUUGAUAAAGUAAACAAUGAAAAGAAGAACAAUAACUGUAAUAAUUUGACCUGCCAAGUGUGUUGUGUGCAUUUUUAACUGGUCUAUAUUGCAUUGCCUGAGUUUUUUGGCAGAGAAAGAAAAAUUUUUACCUCUUUGAUCCCAAUAAUGCACUUUUCAAAUUGAAGCCUCCUCUGUAACACUUUGACUGGUAUCUAAUUUCUCCUUACAAUAUCACCCCUGAAUCAAACUUUAUGGUCAAAAGAAUAAAGGAAAUGAUCAGCAACUAAAGACCCUCUUGGAAAUUCUGCCAGUGCAGUCAGCAUCUUAGGAAAUGAAUAUUGAACAAAAUGGAGAAUAUGCAAAUUGACGGCUUGUUAUGAAUAGCACCAUAGCAGAACAUUGCAACUUCGCCCCAUGUUAUCUUCAUCAUGUAUUCGCGUUUCUUUUGUCUUUGACGAGACUGACGUCAUAAAAAUUUCCCCGGCAGUCACCAGUUCUCCGGUCUUAAAACGGGUAAUUUAGGAGAAAGGAAAUAACAAUGGCGGAACCACCGGGAGCGUAUUCGGUGAGAGAAGUUGAAAUGAAUACCGAUGAACGCUACGGCUUCAGAAGAGAGUUCAGAAAGCAAAAGUAAGUUUUUAUUCCCUUUGUUUUGACUCCUUUUUCUUUAAGUAGGUUGCCUUCUUUGGCCGUUUUACGUCAGUGUGUGUUGUGGUCCCACUUCCACUUGAAGUUGGGGGGUGAAAUUUUUGAAGGACAAUCGACCAGUAAACAUGCAAAGCAAAGCAAGGGUUCUCCGGCGAACCGUCCUUCGUCACCUUUAUUGUUUUCAUGUGCUAUGUUAUUCUUUCGAUAUUUUCGCGAAAUGGGAGAACAACAUCCAUGGAGAAAUUCAGAGAACCUUGCGUUCCAACCACUUCACAUUCACGAUGCAUUGUAAUGAUGUUCUGAACAAAUUUACGCAAGGGAUUUCCAAGGCGAUCAGCGCAUUUUUAUGAAGAAUGGUAUCAAUCCAAUCGCAAAGUGAUUAUUAGUCUUUAAAAUACAUUUUACUUAAAGGGCUGUUGUUGUUUUAAUGUGUUUAUGAUCCAUGACUUUUGCUGUAGCGUGUGACAAAUUUAAAAGCGGAAGAACCCCUCAGGAAGUGGUAUCUUUUGGGAUUUGUAGACUAAAGAGACCAGCCUUUGCUAUUCCCACAUUUCAAGGGAGUUCUGUCUCUUCCGGUUAGAUUUAGCAACAUUGAUAACGAUUUACGAAAGUGCGUUAAAGGAUUUGAUCUAAAAGCCAUUUACUUUCUUUCGGGUGAUAAUAGUUGAUCGACUGCUUGGUAAACUUCCUCCUCAUGUACCCAUCUAAGUAAGAUCGCGUGCCUUGCGCAGAGUAAAUCGAUGAGUGAUUCAAACAAAACAGAUUUCUCUCCAUGGUAGCAUUUAGCUGCUGUUGAAAUAUAGUGAACUAUUAAAUAAACCCCUGAUAUAGAUUUAUAUCCUUGUGAGCUGUAUAACUACCGGUAAGCGCAAAUUUUCGAAACAUUUUCCUUUUUUCGAAUCUUUAUUUUGACUACCAGUGGCUUAUUGCAUGUAGCUACACUUGCAGAUACUGCAGGUCAAACUGGUUAAACUUUUGAAUACAAGUAUAUUUGCAAAAUUAUUUUAAAUGUAUUCCAUCAAAUCAAUAUUUGGACAGUUUUCAUUUGGAAUUGUUUACAUUCCUAUAUAGGGUUGGCAGCUUGUUCAAAACAUAUCUAAGCCAAGCUAGGGUGAGGGUGAAUUUUUGACUUGGGUUCAUUAAUUUUCUGAUCUUUUUACAAGUUCAACUUCCUUUAAUAAUGUUUUUCCCUUAACCCUGUAACUCCCAUGAGUGAUCAAGACAGAAUUUCUCCUUACAAUAUCAAUACAACAUCAACCAGAUAAGUAAUGAGAAUAAAGAAAAAUAUCAAUUUGGGGAUUUAGUUGAUCCAAUAUUAAAUUCUUUAAACUAACAUUAUAAGAAUUGUAUGGUUAACUGUAAGGAGAAUUACAACUUUGAUGUGGUAGUUAAAGGGUUAACAAAGAUAAAACCCUGCAAGAUGUUUGACCUAAUAAAUAAAUUUCUAUGAAAGAAAUGAAAAUCAAUAGAGAGCAAAAACCUGCAGUCCUUCAGACCAUUUUUUGUGGUGAAUAUUUAUCAAAGACAAAAAAGAACAGACUGAUGCUAGUGCUAAUGACUGACUUAAAAAAAGUUACUCAAAUAUGUCUUAGAGUGCUGGAAAUCAUUUCUUAGAAAGUUUCAAAUUAUGGGAGGGAAGCAUGCCUGCAGAACCCUGUAGAAGAGCUUGUUGCUUUGCAACACAUCAUACUUGGGGAAAGUGUAGUUCAAUUCAACCAGCUACUCAGAUCAGUUCAGAUCUUACAACCCUGACUAUUAAUCCUGGGAUUAACUCCAAAUGCAUUUAGAAUAACAGGCCUCUUAUGGUAACUUAGUGGUUAUUCAUCCUUCAUCCUUUUACGUUGUUUUAGGCUUUGUUUUAAGGAUAUGGAUUCUAGCGUGGAGGAUCAUAAAGAAAGCAAAAGGGGAAAACCAGUACCGGUGAGUAUUAAACAAGGGCUUUUCAGCGAAAAAUGCAGUUUUUAUUUUUUUUAAUACAACCAUUUAUGCAAAUUAUGUUUGACAUAUUUGCUGACACACCUUCUUUUAAGUCCCAGUCUCAGGAAAAUGAACCCAGUCCCUUCAAUAUGACAGCAAAGAACUUUCCUAAACGAAGGUAAGGCAUGUGAAACAAACCAAGUUAACUUGAUAGGAAAUUUUCUUGAGAAAGGUUAACUUUUAGUCGGAGUGAUAAUAAGUGUAAUAAGUGAGCCUGGUAUGAAAGCUCAUAUAUUUAUGGUUGUAGCAAAAAAUUAGACUACCAGCUGAAAUUUUGAGGGAGGCAGCUCAAAAAUGGUGAACUAUUGUAGGUGCAUAACCUCAAAAGUGCUUGUUGUGCAUUACGGAAGCAAUCCCUUGUCAAAAAUCCAACCAGUGAUUAUUGCUGAUCUGGACAUUAUCUAAGGCAGCCUAUAUCCCUAAAUACGAACUCCAAGCAAGUAUCCACUUUACACUGUGCAAUCUUACCCAAAUAAGAAUUUGAUGUUAAAUCAAACAGUAUCCUUAGUUGAUAUUUAUAUCUUUUAAACAUUCUCAUUGCCUUCCUGCUUAAAAAAAGAUAUUUUAAGGCAACAUUAAUAAUUAGUUACAAGAAUUUGGCAUUUGAUCAAGAUAACAACUAUGUGAUGAGUUUGGGUAUUCUUAUUACCUGUUUGCUGUAUAAUGUAUCACUUCUGGUAGUUAAGGGCUUAAACACAGGCAGAUAGAAGGAAAAUGAUUUUUUUGAAAAGCUGAACAGGGAAACUUACACUGUGAAAAGGUUUUUAGGGAUAAUUCAUCAUAUUAAGUGUUUUACUUAUAAUUUGAUUUUUAGAGAAUGUUACACAUGGAUUGUAUUUUUUUUUUUUAAUUUCAGAAGCCGAAUGCAUGCCUCUGUUGCCUCUUAUAAUCGUACCAGGUAACUUAAAUUAGUAAAUUCAUUUUAAAUCACCUUUCAAAGAUGGUGCCUUAGAAUUUUUAUUUUCUGAUGAAAUUACUUAUCAAAAUAAUAAUUAUGGAGGAAAAGUCCUUUGGGAAGCAUAUGAUUGACCAAAGGCUACCCAUUGAACCAAAAACAACAAAACUUCGGUGGGAUUCUUAUUGUUUGUGUCUAAAGCCUUUUAAAUUUUUUUCUGUUCACAGAGGGAGUACAGUCAGUGCCAAUAAAGCUCUAGAACUUGUUCGAGCAGCUUUGCAGCCUUCAUUAAAUUCUGAAAUUGAGACAGUUUUAAAGAGCUAUCAAGAGGUAUUUGAUAUCGUAUUGUGGCUUGAGACUCUCCAGUCAGCUUUUAUUGGUCAUUUGACUUUUUCUAAAGGAGCUUAUUCACAGCAUUUGCUAGUUGAAAAUUAAGCCCUACUUUUUCAAGUUCCUCAUUCUCAUUAGUACUCUGCAAUCUUCUGCCUAUUUAUUUAUUCUUGGUUUAUCAUUGCCUUAUAUGUACUUUUCUGAUCUGAUUGUUAAUUCUCCCCUCUAGCUGCUUCACAUUUCCAUGUAUAUUAGUUACCAGAAUUUGGUGUUUGAUCAAGAUAACAACUCCUACCUGAUGAGUUUGAGUAUUCUCAUUACCUGUUUACUGAAUGAUGUAUGGAUAUCUAAUAUACUGAUAUCUUGUAGACUUCUUGAAGUUCAAAGCAGUCUUGCAUAGCACAAGAGGAUACUGUUGCAAAAUGUAACAAACCUCUUAACUCAGUUUAAUGUGUAUUCUUUGGUGGAAAGCAAAACAUCUUGUUUGGUGUUGUUCCUUAUAUUUGUAUGUUGUACUGGUCCUUUGCAGAUGUUCCGUAUGGCAGCACGUAACAUCAAAGACAACACAAGUGAAUCAGUCUCAGAAGAACAGAUAAAAGCUGUCCUGAGAAGAAGCUUAGAUGAGGUGUGAUAGAACUAGAGAGAGAAAUAAUAUUGAUUUCCCUCCCAUGAGUGACCAAGACAGAAUUUCUCCUUACAAUGUCAAAAAAAAAAAAUCAAACAGACAAGUGAUGAAAAUAAAGUAAGGUAACAAUUAGGAGAUUAGAAGAAAAAAACAAAAACAUUAUCAGUUUAUCCAAUACUAAAUUAUCCAAACCAACGUCAUAAGAAUUGUGUAGAAGACAGUGGGAAGAAUUGGUAAGGAGAUCUUGGGGGUGAAAGGGUUAACAUGCUGAGUCAAAUAUGUUAAGUGCCAGGUUACUGAUAAAUCUUAUUUGUUGUCAAUGUUUGAUUCACAGGCGAAACUUCUGUUCAGGGUGGACACAAAGCCUCAUCACCCAGACAGGGUAAGUACACAAUUCACUGAUGUCACCACCUUCGAGAGGUCUGUGAUCAAGAGAUGGUUGACUUUAGGUCAGAUUCCAGGCCCCUCUCCUCUCAAUUUGUCAGUUGAAUGUUUAAACUGAAGUCACUGAUAUGGAUGCAUUUCAUCCAAAACAAAGAUACAAAAAUUAAUAGGCAACUGUUCUUGAAAUUUUUUUGUAUGGUGAUGAAAAUUUUUAGUAAUAAUAGAAAUAAUAUACAUGAAAAUUUAUGUGUCUGAUUUGCUGAAAACAAGUGCAUUUGUCAUGUAACACAAGUGCAAAGUUAACACAAGUCCAAAUUACAAAUAGCAUGAAUGUAGUGCCAAAAUUUUGUCUGUCUUGACUUUCCGUGGUGUCCUUUUCAUGUAAAUUAUGAUUAAAUACCAACAUGAUUUUAAGUGUAGUUUGGUGUAAUAAGCACUUGACAAAUGUAACUUUUCAAAGACUCCAGAUUGCACUUGCCCUGCAGGCUUGUGCAACUUUGUUGUCUUGAAAAAUUUACUUGUGCUUAUUAGCACCAAAUUGCACUAGAGAUCAUUUUUUUUACCUAUACUAGUAGUUUUUAGUUAUCCUUGAUUUCCCCUAUCAAAGGAAAUAAUUUGUUUUUUUUUAUAUCUAAGAGAUUUAGCAAACUUUAUGGGAUAUGAAGAGAUUUGUUCUGUAUCCAGGAGACUUUGGGAAAAAAAAAAAAACAAACAAACAAAAAAACAGUAGAGUUGAGAUAUAACCAUUAACCCUUUAACUCCCAGGAUCUGAUUGUUAAUUCUCCCCUGUAGCUGCUACACAUUUCCUUGUAAAUUAGUUAUGAGAACUUGGUGCUAGAUCACGAUAGCAGCUUCUACCUGAUAAGUUUGAAUAUUCUCAUUAGCUGUUUGCUGAAGAAUAUGUGGAUACUGUAGGGAGAAGUUUUAUGUUAAUCACUUCUGGGAGUUAAAGCGUUAACGUCUGUUUUUGUUUAUGUGAACAGUCCCCUUUAGAACAUGGUUCUCAAUCCUUAUAUCUUUAAUCCUACAACUCCCAGUGGUGAUUAACAUUACACAUCACCUAAAAUAUCCAUACAUUAUCUACCAAAGCAAACAGAAAAUGAAAAUAUCCAAGCAAAUCAGGUAGAAGCUGUUAUCUUGAUCCAACUCUAUCUUCUCACAACUAAUUUACUAUGAGAUGUUUUGUGACUAGAAGGGAGAAUUAACCAUCAGAUCUUGGGUGUUAAAUGGUUAACCAGUGUUAACUUUGUUGAUUAACUUUUUCUUCAACAGAGAUAUGAGAGAGGGGGAAGUCCUGCUAUUGUCAAGAAGGUAUCCUAUUAAGAUUAAGUGGAAUAUUACAAAACUCUAAAUUAUUAGACGCAGGUGUAAUGAUGGUGAUUACAUUUACAUACUGUUGAUGUAAAUGUUAGAAGGAAGCUCUGUCAAUUUAUACUUACCAUAGGUGUCUGUUGUGACAUGCAAAGCAACCUUAACUUCAGGGAAAUGACUAAAUGUAUCAAAAAUUGAAAUGGAUAGAAUAAACUAUUAAGUGAUAGGGAUGAUAAGAGAUUUGGGAGAUUGGCAAGGAAAGGUUAAUAAUAUGCUCUUUUCGGAGACAUGGCAAUUGUUAUAUACUCUUAAUUAGCUCCUUUAAAUUAGUAGCAGUUCAUUCAAGCAGCUUUCUUAACAGCCUUAUAACUGGUAAGGCUGACCAGCUCCAGCCCCUCUAGCUAAUGUGUAAGCUGAUAUGCAAAGUCUAAGGUACAUUAUGAAAAAAGAAAAAAAGCAAAAGGGAAUAACUUAUCAAUGCUAAUUUUAUGUUAAACCAUGCUGUGUACAUAUUCAUUUUAAAAAAAAGCUGGAACUAACAGGUGCAAAGAAUAAGAGAAUAUAGCCAUUUAGCAGACCUUUGUUAACAAUAAUAUGUUUAUUUAUUGAUUUCUCUGUUUGUUUUUCCAGAAGAGGGUACGCCCUGAUGUAGAAAAAGAAAGGUAAUGAAAAAAAAAAAAAUAAUGAUGCUGCAAAAAAUAUUGGGAGAUUUCCAUCCAUUGUAGCUUGAGUUGAUUUGUGGCUAUAAUAAGUCUUAAUUCCAAAACAGCUCAAAGUUUCCAUUAUUAAAGAUAUUUCUACCUAGAAUUAGACUAUAUAUUGGAAACAGUGAUGUGACAUUUACUGUUUAUUGGCCCUUUACACCCUAACAUCAGUAUUUGUAUUCUCUCUACUGUUCUCUAUACAUUUCCUAAGGUGCUGACAAGGAGAAUUUGUUUAACAAUGUCAAGCUUCUUGAAUUUGUGAUCAGUUCCUUCAUUCGCAUAAACUUUAUAUUUGAUUCAGGGGUGCUUCUGUUGAGAGAAAUUAAACUCUUAUCACUCUUAGGGUAUUAAGGGCUGACAUACUUAAGGCUUCUUCUGGUUUGAUGUUGUCUGAGUUCAAUAGGAAUGUUGUGACCAUAAUGUUGUUGUUUUUUUUAGCGAAGGAUCACCUCCUAAAGUAAACAAGGUGGACAAUAAAGCGAUAACCAGUAAGGUAAACAAUACAUGUUGUUUUAUUUAAUAUGUUUUUCAACAAAUGGGAAGAUUAAAAAAAUUCACUUUCUUGUAAGACUUAUGCACUUGAAAGAUGCUGGGAUACAAAGCAUUUGAAAUUUAAUGUAAAAAGGAUCAGUACUAGUGUACACACAUCGGAGAUAUAGAGGAGCCUUUUUGGUUUUUAGAUGGAUCCUGAUUAAAUUAAAUUAAUACUUUAUUUAUAUAGGGCUAUUCUUUCACUAUCAAAUAGCACUAAAUACAAUGACUAAAUAUACAGACUGAAAUAAACAUUAAGUGCUCGAAAAUCCCAACUGGCAGUAGGCAGACCAGUUGGCUAUUUACACUGCACAGCCAAGGAGUUGAACUUGGGGCAACCAAGAACAAUUCUAGUAAAUGGCAAGGUGGAGGACUUGAACUCAGGACCACCAGAUUACAAGUCCAGCACCCUAACCACUCAGCCAAGCUGCCUCCUGAUGAUUUUGUAACUUUUGUUAAAACCUCUUGAGGGUAACUGGUCAGGUGGUUUUGCCACAAUUCAGUUUUCUCCCCUUACCUACCCCUGCAAUGUUCACCCCAUCUAUAAUGAGUUUACCCCCAAAUGAAAGAAAAAAUAAGACCUAAAAAAAAUGUCAGCAUCACAUCACAAUAUCACAUUGACUUAAAAAACUCAGUAUCUCUUCAGUUUUUUUUUCUCUUCAGUUCCUUGGUAUUUUGCUCUAAUCCCAGUUCUUUUUUCCACUCUUGGCCAUGUUUUGUCUGAGAAGAAACAUGUUUUGUUGUUAUGAAAAUUCAAAGGGUAGAAAGGCCUAGCAGUAAACUUUUGUAUUUGAUAGGGUUAACACAUCCAUGAGAGGGCAAACUUGUAGGUGGCAAACUUACUUUGGGUUAAAUCCUUAAAUCUCUUCCACACAGUUAAUAUUUGAACUGUUUUUUUUUAUUAAAGUGGGAUCCAGACAGCAUUACUGAGGAAACUGAAUUCAUUAUGGGAGUAAAAGCAAACAAGUAAGCUUGAAUUUAUUUGGCAACCAGUUAUAUAAGUUUUGUUGAAAAAAAAAUGCCUAACAUUAUGUCAUUGAAAACGCCACCAUUUUUUGUGUGAGGGCAUCAAAUAACAUUUAAGAAAUGGCUCUCAUUUCUCAGUACAUUUUUCUUUUAGAGACGUAGAUAAGAUGUUGUAAGGUUGUUGUGUUCUCUUGUUUAUUAAACUGUUUUUUUUAUUUCUUAAGAGCCCUUGGUUUUGCUGCUACAAGAGGAAAACUCUACUACAGACAUCCAGAACUUUUCAAGGUAAAUCAUUUGACAUGUCCACCUUAAUAUUGUUAAUUAACUCCCUUAAAGAUCAGAAUGCAUAAUUUUUUGCCAAACCAUCCAUGUCUAGACCACCUUCCUUGUAAGAAUUUCUGAGAUUUCUUUUUCACUAUACUGCAACAAACAAAUGCUCAUGGGGGACAGAUAGUAUGCAUUCAAAGUUUUCCAUUCUUCACAUGAUUAUGCAGAGUUUUAAUGAAGAGCAGCAUUGCAACUUUUGAAUAAAACUCAUUCAUGCACACUGUACAUUGAAUAAACUCUAUUUUUGGAUGUUGAUCAUGUGGUAUAAACAUAAGGUGGGGAGAUGCCUGGGAAGGACUGUUUGCACAAACAGAGAGGAGAAGAUCAGAAUGAAAUCUGAUGAUGGCUUUCACUUUGGUUUUGGAAAUAUGUGUCACUGUUACUAAACUAGAACUACCCUAUCACAGACAGUCAAAUCACUUAAUUGAUUAUGACAGUUGAGUUUGAACCAGUUACUGUAUUCUAUUCUAGAACAUGUUUUUAUCUUUUACUCUACAGUACUCGGGUGACUCUGAUGACAAACUGUGGCUGUUUGAACAGAAUGAACUGCCCAUCACUGGAGGCAAGGUAUAAAGCUAAAAAAUCCUGCUUAGCAUGUGAAAGGGUUGUUUAGUUUUAAAAUAUUUGCAUGUUUCCUCUAACUUAUACUGUGUUCAUCUGUUUAUAGGCAUUUCUCAUGAUUGCAGAUGACAUCAGAAAGUUAGCUGAUCAUCAGGAUUACAGGUCAGUAGCUAUCAUAACACAUUCCCAGUGUACUAAAAUAAGUAAAACAAGGAUGAUUUGGCAAACAUCAAAAGUCAGCCUGAUUUUCCAUGAGGAGGUUGGGACGAGGAAGGGGGAAGAGGGUACCUAAUAUUGUUGAUAAAGUGUUUUAUAGACUCCCAGUAAUCCAUCAGUUUCUGUAGAAGGGGAGCACUUCCCAUUCCAUCUGAAUCCUCUAACCUAUACUGAAAAUUUUGUCUGACAGGAACAAUGAAGGUCUAAAUCUGGAGGAAAUCAAGGGUUUUAAGGUGCCAUCAAAGAUGUUAGAGAAGAUGAAAAGCCACAUGAGAAGUUAGUCCAAAUUUUGUAACAUGAAGUUUUUUCUUUCAAAGCUUUUACUGUCAGGUUUGAGAUUCUGACUGACAAGUCUCCUGUUUUUGACCCCUUAACUCCCGGAAGUGAUUUAUAUGCUGCUUCUCCUUAUCAAAAUAACAAUAACAAAUAACAAUUUUCCAACAAACAAGUGAUGCGGAUAGACAACGUUAUCAGCAACAGGGUGUAAUCUUGAUGUGGUAUUGAGUUCUCUUAACCAGUUCUCAAGGAAAUUUACAGUAUAUAGAAGGGAGAAUUUGCAAUCAGAUCCAUGAAUAGUGUCAUACCAUAAAUACCUAUCAUAAGCCUUGUUUCAUGUAACACUCAAUCUUGCUUUUGAUGGGGAUUUGGCUGCAUUGAAGAACAUAGAGCCUCUAUAAUUUUUGUAAAAAAAAUUUUGAAAGGCCCUGAAAUAAGUUAUCCUAAUAGUUAUAAUAAUUGAGAGGAAGAGAGGGAGGGGAGGGGGGGGGAGCUUUUGAGUGGCCUUGUGCUAAAAUGGUGUCAAAUUACUUUAUAGAAUUGAAGAGAGAAGCAGCCGCACGAGGUGAAGUUAGAGAGAAAUUCAAAGAGGAGGAGAGUCCUGCCAACAACGAAGUAAAAGAGUCAGCUGGACAAGAGAGCAAGGAAACACCCUCUCAAGCUCCAGAUAUCAAACAGGAGCAAUGA